AUGAGUAUAAAAGGAUUGAAACAAACUACAUUACUUUUGAUUGGAGAAACAGGUGUUGGUAAAAGUUCAUUAGGUAAUUUUAUUCUUAAAGAUAAUGUUUUUAAUGUAAGUAGUAAACCAAAAUCAGAAACAAAAAAUACUAUUGGAUAUUAUGGAGAGGAUGAUAAAAGUGAUGUAUUUGUUAUUGAUACUCCUAGUCUUAAUGAUUCUGAUGGAUUUGAUAAUGAAGGUAUUCAAAAUAUUAUUGAAUGUGUUAAAAACACAAGAUUACAAGGAAUUGUAUUAACAAUGGAUUUUAGAAUAAACAGAUUUUCUACUAAUCUUCGAGACAUCGUUAAAAUUAUAUCUGAUGUUUUCCAAUUUAAAGAUUUUUGGAAACAUAUAUGUAUUGUAUGGACUAAAUGUUAUAAUUACACACCAAAAAACAAAUUAGAAAAAGAUAAAAUUUUAAAAAAUGAAAUCAAAGAAGAAAUGAUUAAAUUUAUUAAACAAACAAAUAAAAUAAAUGAAAAUAUUGAUAUUGAAAAAACAAAUAAAGAUUUUAUUCCAAUGUAUUUUGUAGAUUCACAACCAGAUGAAGAUUAUUAUGAUAAUACAAGAUCAGAAGAAGAAAUAGAAAAAUUAAUCAAAUGGGCAAGAGGAUUAAAACCAUUUGAUAAAGAAGAAAUCAAUAAAUUAAUAAAUGAAUUUAAAGAAAUUAUUUAUGAAGAAAAAGAAGAAUGUGAAAUAAUAGAAGAAACAAAAUAUAAUAUAACAUAUAAAAUAACAACAUAUAGAAGAGGUAAUAAAGUAAAAUAUAAUGGAGAAGUUGAAGAAGGUGAAUGGCAAGAAUUUAGCAGUAGAAUUAUAACAGAAAACAAAUAUAAUAAAGAACCAUCAGAUUGUGUAGUGAUGUAA